CGGGCCAGACGUUCGGCCGCUCCCGGCGACUGCACUGGCUCCGGCGGCUGCGGCCAUGUGGCUCCCGGGCUGCGACGGGGGAGCGGCCGGUGGGCUCUGGCAGCUGCCGCUGCUGCUGCUACGGCUGGGCGCCUUCUGCGAGCCGGCGGGCGGCCAGGAGGCCAGGCUGCCCAGCGGGCAGGCCGUCUGCCUGAGAGGCACGCAACGGCCUUGCUACAAAAUCGUCUACUUCCACGAAGUCGCACGUAGGGUCGGCUUCCAGGAAGCGCUUCAAACCUGCCGGAGUGAUGGCGCAGACCUGGUCAGCAUCGAAUCCCAGUCGGAACAGGUGAUGGUUGAGAAUAUGAUCCAGCGUUUUUCAGCCUCCGAUGGCGAUUUCUGGAUCGGCCUCCGGAGAGAAGACGAACCCGAGAACGGCACCGAAUGUCCAUCUUUGUACACCUGGACCGACGGGAGUUCGUCCACCUUUCGAAACUGGUACGCGGAUGAGCCCUCCUGUGGAAGUGAGUGGUGCGUGGUGAUGUAUCACCAGCCCUCGGCACCUGCUGGCGACGGGGGACGUUACCUGUUCCAGUGGAACGAUGACCGAUGCAACAUGAAAAACAACUUUAUUUGUAAAUAUUCAGAAGAAAAGCCAACAGUUGUCCCUGAAUUGGCUGCUUCUCAAACAGGGUAUAUAACAGGGUCUUCAGCAUUCACAUCCCCAGAACCCCCCAUGCAGGAGGCUGUCGCUAACAAAACCCUCCCACAGGCCAAAGAGCCUGCUUGGAGCCUUCUGUACAUCUUAAUUUCAAGCAUUCCUGCUUUGCUUCUGUUGAUCGCCAUCGCCGUUUUUAUCUUUUGGGUUUACGCAAAAAGGAAACGGGAGCAGAGAGAGGAGAACACGAAGGAAAAAGACGAUUGGUCGUCUACCAAGACGCGAAACAGCCCCAGUUUAGAGAUAUAUAACGUGAUUAAAACCCAGGGGGAAGCCGAUCUUGAUGGAACGAGACCACAAACCCAGAACUCCUCUUUCCGUGUCCGUCUCGGAGGAGAAGACCUCUGUGGAGACUAUGACAAUAUGGUGGUCAACAACUCCGAGAGUGGCUUCGUGACCUUGGCAAGCACCGAAAGCGGGUUUGUCACCAACGACAUCUAUGAACUCUGCCAUGACCGAGUGGGGCCAAGCAAAGAGUCCGCUUGGGUAGAAAACGAAAUUUACGGAUAUUGAAGAGCCGGUGGUGAGAGACGGAUUCAAGAUGGGGAAUGUUCCUAUCGAUACAAACUUUAGCACACAAAAACAUGGCUGUUGCAUUGAACGGGGAGGUUCUUUUCCUCCCUGAAAGGGGCACAUGGAUCUAAACAAAUUGAUUGAUUGAUUGAUUGAUUGGUUGAUUGGAUGUCAUCAAGUUGUUUUUAAUUUCUAGCAACCACGUUUUCUCCAUGAAGAUCUGUCCCUGGUCUGGUCAUUUAUAUCUUCCGCUGGUGAACCCAUCAUCUCUGUCAUUGAGUCCAUCCAGUUGGUGCUGGUCAUCUUCUUUUUCCAUCCAUCUUUAACCGUGAAAGCAGAGAUCUUAUUGACCAGGAAAUGGUCUUGGGAGAACUUGAUUCCCUUCCUUGUUACAGCUGCCUGAUCUGUUCUGACCGAGGCUUCCCAAGAGCCUGAAGCAAAUUCCUUGUCCCGACAAAAACCUCUU